AUGUCUCCUCCGUCGGCAACUGAGCCUCAAGCAGGUGAUGAGAGCAAGCCCAACACGGUUGCACCGAACGAGCCUGGUCUGAACCAGAGAGAUGGAAAGAUUGAGAUGCUCAAGUUUCCGAAGCCGCCAAAGUUUGACGAUCCGUACAAGGAGCGCGCGUAUCUGAAGGGCCGACUUGCUGCCGCUUUCCGCAUCUUUGGCAAGUAUGGUUUCGACGAAGGUGUUGCUGGUCACAUCACACUUAGGGAUCCCGUGGACCCAACGACCUUCUGGGUCAACCCAUUUGGCGUCGCAUUCAGCUUGAUCAAAUCCUCCGAUCUCAUUCUCGUAAACGCAAAGGGCGAAGUCAUCGACGGUGGAGAGUGCCGACUGCUGAACACGGCAGCUUAUAUGAUCCAUCAUGCUGUGCAUGACGCACGCCCCGAUGUCAUCGCAGCAGCGCAUUCGCAUUCCAUCUACGGCCGCACAUUUUGCGCACUAGGCCGCAAACUCGAGACGAUAACACAAGACUCUUGCGCGUUCCACAACGACCACGUCAUCUACGAGUCGUUCAACGGCGUCGUACUGGCCGAAGAGGAGGGCAAGAACAUUGCAAAGUGUCUGGGGGAUAAGAAGGCUGCGUUGCUUCAAAACCAUGGCUUACUGACAGUAGGCAAGAGUGUGGAAGAGGCUGUGUUCUGGUUCAUAAGCAUGGAGAAGUGCUGCCAAUCACAACUGAUGGCGGAUGCCGCGGCGGCCGGACGGGGCGGCGAGACAGUGAAGAUCACAGAGGAGGAUGCGGUUUACACACACAAGACGAUUGGAAGUACGCUGGCCGGGUGGUUCAGUGCGAAACCGUUGUUCGACGUGAUACACAAGGAGACGAACGGAGAUUAUCUGGAACAUGGUGCGCGUCUCGAUGCUGCCGACAAAUCAUGGCAUCUCACCUCACCGACACCCUACGACCCGCCUCUCACCUAUGGCGGGUGGUCACAAGCAAAGGCCCUCGGCCAGCGGAUAGCAGCGCUACUACACGAAAGAGAUAUCCAGCAGGCAGAAGAUGCGGAGAAUGCGACCAGCAACGACCCCGCCCAUCUCGACCUUAGCAAGCUGACCAUCUCGAAAGAAGGCAAGGCGCACGAAGACGGCCUGCGACUGCCCAAGAAGAAGGAGAGGAAGAAGCGCAAGAUUGUCAUACAUUCGAGUCCCUUCCUCCGAUGCGUGCAGACAAGCACGGCUGUGGCAGCGGGCAUCUCGCAAUUCCACUCCCCGACCACGCCACAACUCAACGUGCCUACACCACCCUCAAAAGAUGACAAUGGCUCGUUGGCAUCCUCUACGCCGAAAGCGCCGCGCACCAAAUCCACUUCGUCGCAGCCCCGAACCUUCGAACCACUCGCCGACCCCAAUCUCGCGAUAUUACCGCGGCCUCACAAAGGCCCUGAGAGGAUCCUACUGCGCAUAGAUGCCUUCCUAGGCGAAUGGCUGUCUCCCGAAUACUACGCCGAUAUCACAGCACCACCCAACUCGACGAUGAUGGUAGCAGGCGCCAAAGCAGAUCUGUUGCGGAGAGGCGACUACAUCCAGGAACAACCGAACCCGAACAGCAGCAAGGGCAACUUUCCGGGCGGAUGGAUGGGGAACAAGGCGGCAGUCAAUAACACACCGAGCGCUGGCCAGGGAACCGGUAAAGCCAUGGGCAGUCUGGCUCAAUUCGCGCCACUUCGCGAACGCUCAAGCAGUUACGCCGGUCCACUGGGUCUGGAAAGAACGCCGUCAAAAGAAGCAACCGCACCACUGGCAAUGCCCAUGCAAACUCCAAAGCCUACCGCUGUACCCAAUCGUGUUUACGAGCCGCCCCAUCCCUCCUACUCCGUCUCUCCAGCCGAUCCGAUACCGCGAGGCUACGUCGCGCACGCCCAAGAAGCCUGCGUCAAGGUAGACUUCCAAUGGGACAGUAUGCGACCACCACAAAACUGGGGCGAUGGCGGCGAGUACGGCGAUGAGUGGAGCACAAUGCACAAGCGCUUUAGGAGAGGCCUUGCGGGUAUGAUGGAGUGGUAUAGAGCCCACGGCACGGCGCCUCCAAAGGAUCAGUUCCCAGGCUUCAUGUUCAAGGAACCAUUGCGCCUGACACCACCGCCCGUGUCGCACGCGAAAUCCGAUCCCUUUCCGAACUUCAGCGAUGAUCCAACUGCGGAUGACGAUGAAGAGUUGGUCUUGGUCCUCAUAACUCAUGGAGCUGGGUGCAAUGCCCUGCUGGGCGCCAUGACGAACCAGCCUGUCUUGAUGGAUAUAGGUCUGGCAUCGCUAUCCAUGGCUGUUCGAAGAGAUGAGCCUAAGAAGACAUCCGCGCCAACUACCAUUCAUCAGCGGAGACUUUCGGUAGCGGAUCCCGGAAUGUCAGAUACCUACGAUAUGAAACUCUCAGCUUCAGUCGACCAUCUACGGCCUGGCGUCGACCCUUCGAAACUGCUAUCUGCGCAGCCGCAAACACAGUCCCCAGCUAUCACAGCAAGUCCAUCAUUGGAAUACCGACGGAGAUUUACGGGAUCUUCGACGGCUAGCAGUCCACUUGACUCACCCUUUACACUCGGCGAGCCGCAUAGGAACAGUCUCAGCUCACUAGGAAGCAUGCGGCGAACCAUGAGCUCGGGAUCGAGCUCGAGAUUUAUUCAGAGUGCGACAAGUGGGACUGCCUCUCCAGCGGGUGGACUGUGGUCAGGCACAAGCACGCCCACUACCGAAGCCGACAUGGUCCUCAACUUCUCAACCCAGCAGCCACAACCGAAGACCGCCCCCACUGCAUCCAAACCUAAGAACAACUCGAUCGCGCAUAUGGAUGGUGCGUCCGACACAAGCAACCGCUUGACGAGGUUGGACUCGAAAGAAGAAAGAGAAGUUGGCGACAAAUCCACCCCUCUAGUUAGUGCCCAGAUUCGCAAACAGAGCGCUCCGACAGCGUCUGGUGGUCUUUGGGGCGCAAAAGUAGCUCCAAAGACUAACAACGGCCUCUGGGGGCCACCAAAGUUGGAUGAUGUCUACGAGCAUAGGUCUGGGCCUAAGAGGCGAUGGACGGUGACCGAGAGAGAGGAAGCUUGA